AUGGGCCGAAAUCGCUACAAGUGGUCUAUAUAUUUUAAAAUACUUGAUGAACUUGCAAAUAAAAGUAAUAAAGCUGCUAUAUGUUAUACCUGUUUGGAAGCUUUGAGAACUGAAGCCAAAAAAAUAACAAACAAGGCAAAUUUAUGUUAUAAUCACUUAAAAUUUUGUCCAUACUUCGCACAAAAAUAUUCUUUUGAAGAAUUAGAAAAAAUUCUUCAAAUCAAUAAUGAAUCUAACUCUGAAUCUAGUGAAGAAGAUUCUGAUGAUGAUAUUGUAGCUGCUUUUAAACUUGUUAAUCCUGAAAUUAAACUACCUUCAUGUCACAAAUUAAGUGAAUCUAUUCUAAAAAAAGAAGUAAAUAUUAUGAAGGAGCAAUUUGAACUUAUAGUAAAGGAUGAUAAUACUGGUAUAACUUUAAUAUUUGAUGGAUGGAAAAAUGUAGUUAAGCAAAAAAUAAUGGGUACUGUACUUAUUACCUCUAAAGGUAAAGCAAUCGAUUUGGCUAUAAAAGAUAUUAAUGUAAUUAGUGUCAUUUCAGAUUCUGCAGGAGAAAAUGUUAAAUCACGAAAAGAACUACGAUUACAAUAUACAAAUAUUGUGUUUUUGCCUUGCUUUGCCCACCAGGCAAAUUUAUGUGUGGCUGAUAUUUUUAAGUCUUCAGAAAGAUAUAAUGAAAUUUCAAAUAAAGCUGUAAAAAUUAUUGGCUGUUUUAAUACAUCUACUUACUUUUUAGAGAAACUUCGUAAUCAGCAAAUGCAUCUUUAUAAUGGAAAAGCUUAUGCUUUAACAUCACCUUAUGCAAAAAAGGUUCCAUUUGAUAUAGCUGAAAUUAUCAAUGAUUCUAUGUUUUGGAAUGAUUUAAAAGAAUUAGAUGAAAUUCUUCUUCUAUUUUGUGCAACACUUAAUAAACUCCAAUGUAAAUUAGCAUGCUUAUAUGAUAUUAUACAUGCAUAUCCACUUUUUAUAUUAUCUUGGUUACUUCAUCCAAGCUAUGGUUUAAAAAAACUUAAUAUUCAUCUAAAUAGUUUAUUAGCACCAAUACUUGGAAAAUGGGUAGUUUAUUAUUAUACAAAUUGGUUUUUUAUAAGACCAAAAAGUAUUUUAUUAGAACUUGAAGAUUUUUUAGCAAAUAAUUCACUAUUUGAUACUAUAUCUUUUGACCAAUUUCAUAAUGAUAUAAUUAAAUAUUGGUUAUUUAUUAAACGUGGAACUCAUAAAGAACUUGCAAAUCUAGCACUUCGCUUAUUUGGAAUUUGUAUUAAUAGUGCUUCUUAUAAAAAAGUUUUUGAAAUGAGUCAACUACAAGGCAAAAUUAUACAAGAACGCAAGUUAAAAUCUAUUGAAAAAACAGCAAAACAAAUUCACAACUCUAAUAUUCUAUUACCAAUAGUUUCUAAUUCUGAAGAAAACUAUUCAUCUCAAGAAUCAAAUUCAGAGCUUGAUCAAGUUAAUGAUAAUAAAAUUAAUAUCAAUAUUCAGUGGAAAGAAGUAGUUGCAAAUUGGUUGAUUCUUUUAAGAAAUGAACAGUUUGAAAAAGAUUUGGAUUUGACAAAAAUAGAUGAAACGGUUCAUCCUGCUACUAGCCAAGAAGCUAAAUAG